ACUCCCCCACCAGGUCCGGCCGUGUCUGUGGGGACUCCCGAGGGUGGCCGGGUAGCAAGCCCCGGGACCGGGCGGAGAAGCCACCGCCCUUGCAAUAGGUGGGAACGUGGUCCGGGCCGGAGCGGGCGGACCCGUCCCUGCAAGGGGAAAGUGGUUUUCCGCUCGCUCACCAGGCGCUCGCCUCAGGGGCUCCGAGCCAGCCGUACCGAGGUACCAAGAGCUCUGCCGGCGAGGACAGGAGCGGGCGCCCUUUGCAAGAGCCCGGGGUCGACGUGGGCCUGGUCCCAGCCCCGUCCCUCCAACCUGCCCGUGUGUGAGGGGGAAAGAAGAGGCUUGGCAGGCGGGGGAGGAUCGCAGUGCUGUAAGUAACCUGCUUUUGUUAGAUUCACAUGGCCCUUCUCCUGGGCACCUCCGGACUCUCUCUUCCCUCCCCAGCCUCCUAGACAGCAGCUCCCCAGCGUGCAGCCCGGCGGCGGCGGCGGCAGAAAGCCCAUGGCGCCUUCUCCGUUACCCCCGGACGGUCCUUCCAGGCGACUCGGCGUGUUUAGGGUCGGCACCAGCAGAGAGGGAUGCCGAGAUUUAGGCGACGCGGGAGUCCUCCCAAACCGGCAGGAAGCCCCGGGGAGGGCGGCAGAGACCCACGGGACAUGGCGGUACCUGCCGCGGGCAGGUGGGACGCCGGGCAGAGGCGAGCCCGCUGCAGCGCCAAACGUCUGCGGUGUUCCACCUGGAAGGAAGAACUGCCAAAGCCCUUCCAAACCUUCGCCCCUCUCGCCCUUCCAGCGUGCCGCGCCGGGACGCAGGCACCGGGCACGGGAAAUUGAUCAGCCCAGCCCAGCCCAGCCGCGCCGGACCGCGGCCCUGACCCCAUGUUCACCUCGGCUCCAGCCCUGGCACCUGCGGGACCCCUGGGCCGAGCCAGCUCGUCCGAAUUUCCCCUAGCGCUGUUCGGUUCGGUGCCGGAGGUGUGAGAGGUGCGGCCCGAGCCAAGUAGGACGUGCUACGAGGGCUCUGUUAAAUUUAUCGGCGCACUGCUGAGACGAGGCUCAGCAUAAAUCACGGGGCUGUAUAGAGCCAUAAAGUAUCCCUCUCUAUCCUGCCCUCGCCGGGGCUCUGGUGAAGAGUUCACAGAAAACAGGGUAUUGGUAACAUCCUUCAGAUUCAGUGUAUGUAAUGCUUUAAAAGUCUUAGAUAUACAAUGGGAUACACCGAUGGAGUAGUUAAAGCUAUUAUAUAGAAUUUGUAUAGGUAUUUGAUACAUACAAAAGAAAUU